GCUCGGUGCGCAGGCCUUUCCGGCCCGGGUGCAAUUCCUACCCCGCUUUCCUCGGCCAGGUUCCUCCGUGAGCCAUGGCUCCCGACCCAGGCCCCCUGCCCGAAGGGCCUAUCUUAGAGCUCCUACCCGUAGACACUCGGGACCGGGGUACCCAGCGUUGCCGCCUGGGCCCGGCAGCCUUCCGUGCCCUGGGCGCGCACUUGGGCUCGGCGGUGAAGAUCUCGCUGCCGGACGGCGGCUCCUGCCUCUGCACCGCCUGGCCGCGGCGGGACGGAGCGGACGGGUUUGUGCAGCUGGAUCCGCAGUGCGCGAGCCCGAGAUCGGCGGCCGGGACGCCGGGGUCCCGGGGGAGCCUCAGCCUGAGCCACAUCCGCCUGGUGCCCUGCCCGCCCCUCCGGCGCCUCACCGUGUGGCCGGAGUUGCGCGAGCGGGUGGGCGCGCCCUGGGUCCCGAAUCCAGCCGCGGUGCUGGAGGCGGCGCACGAGCUGCUGAGGAACCGGCCGGUCUCCCGGGGCCACGUGGUGGCCGCUCCGCCCGGCAUCCCGGGCCCGGUGGCCGCCCUUCACAUCGUCAGCGUGCCCGCCCCGGACCCGGCCGGGUGGGUCACCCCUCACACCCUCAUCAGUCUCAGCGGGGCGCCUCCGUCCCAAACACCGCAGCCCGAGGUGCCGCUGGGGGCCCUUUCGGAGGCGGCCGACUCGCUGCGGGAGCUCCUCCACCUGCCGCUCCGCUACCCCCGCACCUUGGCCGCGCUGGGACUGUCAGUGCCCCGCGGGGUGCUCCUGGCGGGGCCCCCGGGAGUGGGCAAGACCCAGCUCGUGCGGGCCGUGGCCCGGGAGACGGGCGCGGAGCUGCUGGCGGUGAGCGCCCCCGCGCUGCAGGGCGCCCGGCCCGGGGAGACGGAGGAGAACGUGCGGCGGGUGUUCCAGCGCGCGCAGGGGCUGGCCGCCCGCGGGCCCACCCUCCUCUUCCUGGACGAGGUGGACGCGCUGUGCCCCCGGCGGGGCGACGCGCACCAGGCCCCCGAAAGCCGCGUGGUGGCCCAGGUGUUGACGCUGCUAGACGGCUUCAGCGGGGACCGCGAGGUGGUGGUGGUGGGAGCCACCAACCGGCCAGACGCACUGGACCCAGCGCUGCGCAGACCUGGGAGAUUUGACCGAGAGGUUGUCAUUGGGACUCCCACCUUUAAACAAAGAAAGGCAAUUCUUCAGGUGAUUACUUCUAAGAUGCCCAUCUCCAGUCAAGUCGAUUUGAGCCUCCUUGCAGAAAUGACAGUUGGCUAUGUUGGCGCAGACCUGACCGCACUCUGUAGGGAUGCUGCCCUACACGCUUUACAUCACAGUGAGAAGAACCAGGACAGUCCGAUGAUUGAUGAAACAGACUUCCUUGAAGCUUUUAAAAAGAUUCAACCUUCAUCAUUUCGAAGUGUCAUUGGACUGAUGGACAUCAAGCCUGUUAGCUGGGAAGAGAUUGGUGGCCUUGAAGAUGUAAAACUGAAGUUAAAACAGAGCAUCGAAUGGCCUCUGAAACACCCUCGUGAAUUUGUUAGGAUGGGCCUGACACAGCCCAAGGGAGUUCUCCUGUGCGGCCCCCCUGGGUGUGCUAAGACCACCCUCGUGAGGGCCCUGGCCACCAGCUGUCAUUGCUCCUUUGUUUCAGUGAGUGGAGCUGAUCUCUUUUCACCUUUCGUUGGAGAUUCAGAAAAACUCUUGUCUCAGGUAUUUCGACAAGCAAGAGCAAACACUCCAGCAAUUGUGUUUUUGGAUGAAAUUGAUUCAAUUUUGGGUUCUCGAUCAGUCAGCCAAACAGGAUGUAAUGUUCAAGAGAGUGUUCUUUCUGUUCUUCUGAAUGAAUUGGAUGGUGUUGGACUGAAAACUAUCGAGAGAAGAGGAAGUAAAUCAGAUCAACAGGGGAAAUACAAGGAGCUGAAAAAAAAUGAAGAGGUAGAGUUUGAAGAAGUUUUUAAUCGAAAUGUCAUGAUUGUUGCAGCAACAAAUAGACCUGAUGUGUUAGAUGAUGCCUUGUUACGGCCUGGAAGAAUAGAUAAGAUUAUUUAUAUUCCACCUCCAGAUGAAAAGGGCAGGCUUUCUAUUUUGAAAGUCUGUACAAAAAACAUGCCAGUGGGACCUGAUGUUUCUUUAGAAAACUUAGCAGCAGAAACCUGUUUUUUCUCUGGAGCUGAUCUUAGAAACCUCUGCAAAGAAGCUGCCUUGCUGGCUCUGCAAGAAGAUGGACUAGAAGCAACCACAGUGAAACAGGAGCACUUUCUAAAAACCAUAAAACUUAUUUCAAAAACAAGGAUUUUCUAACUUAGAGGAUAUUUUAAAAUUACAUGCCUGCUCAAGUAUCAAUUAAAAUGUGAACUUGCACUAUAGUUUGCAAAUUCACUUUUAGGGUUUGUAUAUAUGGUAUUUCCUGUAAAUAAAAAAAUAGAACAAU